GUUCACCUGUCAACUUCUGAACCAGGCGAGAGCCGCGAGACUUGAGAGCGUAGGGAAGGCGCUGACAAUGAGGCACCAUCGCCUUCGCCACCUCCAGCGCCGCCACUUCGCCACCAAAUAUAGCGGCAGAGUGGUGGUGGAAGCCGACAACGGCCGCUCAUUCGCCGUUGAAGUUGUCGGACCCAACCUCCAAAACGACGUCCGAGGCUACUUGCUUCCGCGCCGCGACCUUAUCGCCAGGGCCGCUAAAAUCCUCCAGUCACAGCCCUCCGCGGCCUCAGACCCCUUCCUCGACCUCUCCGAGUACCUCCAAACCCUAACCCUAACCCUAACCACCUCCGAAGCCUCCGAAAUCCUCAAAUCCCUCAAAUCGCCCACCCUCGCCCUCCAGUUCUUCCAAUUUUGCUCCUCCUCAAUCCCUAAUUUCCACCACGACUCCUUCACCUAUAACCGCAUUCUCCUCAUCCUCUCCAGGUGCUAUUUGCCGGACCGGUUCGAUAUCGUCCGUCAGUUCGUGGACGAGAUGGAGCGCUCCGGCGUGCGCGGCACCAUCUCCACCGUGAACAUCUUGAUCGGAAUGUGUGGCGGCGACACCGAUGGGGUCAAAAAAUUGGAGAGGUGUUUGGGAUUGGUAAAGAAGUGGGAUUUGAGGUUGAGCUGCUACACGUAUAAGUGUCUUCUUCAGGCGCAUUUGCGGUCCAAUAAUACGGAUACGGCCUUCCAAGUGUAUAUGGACAUGAGGAGGCGCGGAUAUAAAUUGGAUAUAUUCGCUUACAAUAUGCUUCUGGAUUCUCUGGCCAAAAAUGAUAAGGUUGACCAUGCUUACAAGGUAUUUGAGGACAUGAAGCGCAAGCACUGUGAGCCCGACGAAUAUACAUACACUAUUUUGAUCAGAAUGUCCGGAAAAAUCGGGAAACCUGAUGAAGCAGUAUCUCUCUUUCAAGAAAUGCUAAGUAAGGGCUGUACUCCAAAUUUAAUUGCUUACAAUACUAUGAUCCAGACACUUGCUAAGAAUCGAAUGGUCAAGAAGAUAAUUUUACUCUUUUCCAGAAUGGUGGAAAAUGAUUGUCGGCCCAAUGAGUUCACAUACUCCCUCAUCCUAAAUGCCUUGGUUGCAGGAGGGCAACUUGAUAAGCUUGAUGAGGUUGUGAAAAUAUCAAAUAAGUACAUGAAUAAGUCAAUAUAUGCUUAUCUUGUGAGGACUUUGAGUAAAUUGGGCCAUGCAAGUGAAGCUCACAGACUAUUUUGUAACAUGUGGAACUUUCAUGACAAGGGAGAUAGGGACGCAUACUUAUCCAUGCUAGAGAGUCUAUGCAAUACUGGUAAAAUAACAGAGGCUGUGGACCUUUUAAGCAAGAUUCAUGAAAAGGGUGUAAGCGUUGAUACCAUGAUGUAUAACACUUUGUUCUCAGCUCUUGGGAAAUUAAAAGAGAUUUCCCAUCUCUGUAAUCUUUAUGAUAAGAUGAAGCAAGAUGGCCCUCCACCGGAUAUUUUUACCUACAACAUUCUAAUAGCUAGCUUUGGUAGAGCUGGGAGAGUUGAUGAAGCUUUGAAAAUCUUUGAAGAGCUUGAGAACAGUAAUUGUAAGCCUGAUAUUAUAUCAUACAACUCCUUAAUUAACUGCCUUGGGAAGAAUGGCAAUCUUGAUGAAGCUCACAUGAGGUUCAAGGAGAUGCAAGAAAAGGGUUUGGAUCCUGAUGUCGUGACAUAUAGCACCCUGAUUGAGUGCUUUGGUAAGACAGACAAAGUUGAAAUGGCUUGCAGCCUGUUUGAAGAGAUGAUUGCUGAAGGCUGCUUCCCAAACAUCGUAACAUACAACAUCUUACUUGACUGCCUGGAGAGAUCUGGGAGAACUGCUGAAGCUGUGGACCUUUACGCGAAACUUAAACAACAGGGGUUAACCGCAGAUUCAAUCACGUACUCGAUUCUUGAAAGGUUGCAGGGUGGUUCACAUCAGAAAGUUAGGGUUCGCAAGCAAAAUCCGAUCACAGGGUGGGUUGUCAGCCCGUUAAGGUGAUGAACGGAUGCAUUAGGGACUCAUGAUAGACAUGAGUUGGAUUUUAAUUUAACCCCCUUGCAUGUUCUUCCCCUGUAAACUACCAGAACUUCCUGGACUUGAGAGCAUUAAACAUUGAAACAUUUUCAGCUGUAGAAGUUAUGUUCCCUUCUUCUUUUGGAGGCAAGAACUUUUGACCUCUUCUGGCUUUAGCCAUAA